ACGCACAAGUCUCGCGAUCAGCCGAGAAGGACAGAGGGGGCGGAAAAUGGCCCCUCGCAGGCUCGACAGUCCUUUGAGCGUGGUGCCCUGGGCUGCAGCCCUACUCCUCGUUCUGAGCGUGGAAAGGGCUUUGGCGCUACCCGAGUCCUUUUAUACCUGCCAAAUCGGGGCUGGCAGAUUGAGAAGUCAUUGGAGAGGGCAUAAUAUACAUGUUCGAAUAGUAUUCUCAAAGAUGAGGUCCUUCCCUGGACAAGAUCUGGUACAGAAAUUCUCUGGUGCGCUGUUUUGGCGCCUGGUUCCAAGGGGAAGAAAUGCGUCUUCUAGUAAACCUGACAUAAAGAUAUGCAUCCAGUGUCCAGGGAGUGUGCAAAAUUUGUCAGAAGUGGCUCUUUAUUGUAAGCAGACACCAGAGCUAAUGCUGCACGCCCGCUGCUGCCUGAAUUGGAAGGGCACCAUCCUGGGGCUGGAUCUCCAGAACUGCUCUCUGAAGGACCCUGGUCCAUACUUUCCUCAGGCACAUACUGCUAUCAUCAUAGACCUGCAGGCAAACCCCCUCCAGGGUGACUUGGCCAACACCUUCCAUGGCUUUACCCAGCUCCAGACUCUGAUACUGCCACAAGAUGUCAGCUGUCCUGGAGGUAUUAAUGCUUGGGAUACUGUCACUUUUUAUAUAAACAACCAAACCUGCCAAGAACAAAGGAAGCUUUGCAACAGCACUGGGGACUCAGAAAUGUGUCCUGAGAAUGGAUCUUGUGCACCUGGUGGUCCAGGUCUCUUGCAGUGUGUUUGUGCUGAAGGCUUCCAUGGCUACAAGUGUAUGCGCCAGGGCUCCUUCUCACUGCUCAUGUUCUUUGGGAUUCUGGGAUCCACCACAUUAUCCAUCUCCAUCCUCCUUUGGGGGACUCAACGCCGAAAAGCCAAGGCUUCAUGAACCACAUAGGUCUUCCUGCUGACUAAAGAUCAUCCCCAUCUUAGUCCAGCCAGGGAGAUUUGCUUCCUAGACAUCAUUGGUCAGCGGAUCCUCCCUCCCAAGGCAGAGGCCGCCGUCGGAAGGAGGAUGGAAAUUUGCACAACCCUGCGUAUUGUAGACCCAGUCCAGGAGUGGACUAGUACCGGCUCCCAUUUGUGCUGUUGACCGUAAUAAAGUUUUUGUUUUUUUCUU